UGGACGCGCGCCGAGUUCCGCGCGUGGGCGGAGGGGCUCGCCGCCGAGCACGGCUACUCCGUCCGCUUCGACGGCGUCGGCGGCGGCGCGUGGGACGAGGAGCGGCAGCCUGGCGCGCCCUGCCACGGGCCGGGGCCCUCCUCGCAGGUCGCCAUCUUUGAGCGGCCGGGGCUGCGAGAGCAGAUGUGA